AUGUAUAACAAUGCUGACAAAGGAAGGUUCAUGAAUGUAUAUGCCCUUAGCCAAUUCCAGUUUCAUGUAACUGGUGCAGACGAUGAUGUUGAGGUGAAUUUGAUGAUGAAAUCAUGCUCAUGUGGUGUAGUCCAGCUCAUAGGCAUACCUUGUCCCUAUGCUGGUGCAGCAGCUAUAGAGCGUGGGGUGAACCUAUACUCUUUGUGUUCACUGUUUUACAUUAUUGAUUCAUGGAGGAAUUCGUAUAAAGAAACCAUUUACCUAAUUGGGAACAAGGAUGAUUGGAUAAUUCCAGAUGACAUUAAGAAUAUGGUAGUCGGUGUACCCAUAGAUAAACAAGUUGGUCAUCCAAAGAAGCCAAUGAUAGGAAGACCAAGGACAAACUGUUGGCUAUCCAGCAGGGAAAAAGAUGUGAAAAUGCAUAAGUGUCAUAGAUAUGGUGGUCGUAGCCACAACAAGUCCUCAUGCAAAGCACGGCUCUGA